AUGCCUCGCAGGAGUUUCGACCGCCCAGGACCGCGGUCACGUCCUGGCGGGCAGCAGCUCGGUGGGGCUGAGCCCAUGCGCUCGGCUCUGCUCCUGCUGCUGCCCUUGCUGGCGGCCGCCGCCGGGCUGAGCCUACAGCAGGCCAGGAUGCGGCACCUGGGGGUGUGCCCCAACCAGCUGAACCCCAACCUGUGGGUGGACGCUCAGAGCACCUGCGAGAGGGAGUGCCAGGCAGACCAGGACUGCGAGGGCUUUGAGAAGUGCUGCACCAAUGUGUGCGGGCUGCGCAGCUGCGUGGCCGCACGCUUUGCCGACGGCAGCCUGCUGGCACUGGAGCUGGGCCGCGGGCCGUCCUGCGAGAGCUUCGUGUGCGCCCAGCAGGGCUCCGACUGCGACAUCUGGGACGGGCAGCCGGUCUGCAAGUGCAAGGACCGCUGCGAGAAGGAGCCCAACUUCACCUGCGCCUCCGACGGCCUCACCUACUACAACAAGUGCUACAUGGACGCCGAGGCCUGCCUGCGUGGCACGCGCCUCACCACCGUGCCGUGCAAGCACAUCUUCACCUGGCCCGACACCAGCCCUGUGCCGCGCGAGACCACGGCCCGGCCCACCCCAGGAGCGGGCCCCGAGCCGCCGGUCCCUCCCGCGCUGUACAGCAACCCCUUCCACCAGUCGGUCCGCGCCGGUGGCACCGUCAGCUUCCGCUGCGACGUCAGCGGCCGCCCGCGGCCCGACAUCACCUGGGAGAAGCAGAGCGAGCGCGCCGAGAACUUCAUCAUGCGGCCGGACCAGAUGUACGGCAACGUGGUGGUCACCAACAUCGGGCAGCUGGUCAUCUACAACGCGCGCCACGAGGACGCCGGCAUCUACACCUGCACGGCCCGCAACGCCGCGGGGCUGCUGCGCGCCGACUUCCCGCUGUCGGUGCUGAAGCGUGAACCCGGGGCGGCCCCGCGGCCCGGCAGCCCCCAGCCCUUCCCCAGCGCCGAGUGCCUGAAGGAGCCGGACCGGCGGCGCUGCGAGGCCGCGGAGGUGCGCUGGCACUUCGAUGCCAAGCAGGGCUCCUGCGUCACCUUCCGCUACGGCGGCUGCGGGGCCAACAGGAACCACUUUGAGACGUACGAGGAGUGCCGCGCCGCCUGCGUGGGCAGCGCCCGGCCCACCUGCCUGCUGCCCAUGGUGCAGGGACCCUGCCAGAACUGGGAGCCGCGCUGGGCUUACAACUACAUCCUCAAGCAGUGCCACUCCUUCGUCUACGGCGGCUGCGAGGGCAACAACAACAACUUCGACAGCAAGGAGACGUGCGAGGACGUGUGCCCCUUCCCCAAGAGCCUGCAGUGCAAGGCGUGCCGCCUGAAGAGCAAGAUGGUGCUGAGCCUCUGCCGCAGCGACUUCGCCAUCGUGGGGCGGCUGAUGGAGAUCGUGGAGGACCAGGACUCCGGCAUUGCCCGCUUCGCCCUCGAGGAUGUCCUCAAGGACGAGAAGAUGGGCCUCAAGUUCUUCAAUAUCAAGUACCUGGAGGUGACGCUGAUCGACAUGGACUGGAGCUGCCCCUGCCCCAACAUGACGGCCGAGGAUGGGCCGCUCAUCAUCAUGGGCGCCGUGCACGAUGGCAUGGCCACGCUGGAUCCUGGCAGCUACGUGCGGGCUGCCAACGACAAGAGGGUGAAGAAAAUCUACGAGCUGAUGGAGAAGAAAACCUGCGACCUCCUCAACCGCUUCCAGGAUUAGGGCCGGGCCGUGUGGACACGGGCUGCAGAGCCCAGGGGGAACCGUCUGAACCCACAGCUUUUACUGAGCGACGAUCACCAUUCUGCAGCUCCAUCCCUGUAACUGCCACCCCGUGUACCCCCAGCCCAGACAGCAGCAAUAAAGAGCCAGGUGGGGUUGCAGAGGAGUCUGCCCAGACCUCCCCACCCCGUGAUACCCAUCCCACAGCACUGAAGCCCACAGCAUCACCUGGUUCUGAUGGACCCCAAGCCAUCACCCAGGUGCUGUGGUGCAGCACUGCAUUUGUGACACUGCUCCUUUCCUGCACAGCGUGACAUGCCGUGCCCCCUCACCACAAGGCAUGGUGUUUCACAGCCUGUGGAAGAUGAGGCUCUUGGUGUUGGCCAGUGUGUCUGCCUGAAAGCACCUGCAGGCGUGGGGGUGCAUUGCCAGCACGAGGAGAACCUCCUGGAGCCCAGCACCCACCGUCUCUCUGGUCUCCACCAGCUGUUGCAGCAGCACUGCAUCCCACAGACCACCAGCAGGGUUGCUGCGGGGGAGAGGGGGGCUGGUCAGAUAGAUGGAUGGACAGAUGGAUGGGUGGAUGGACAGAUGUGGAGGCAGAAGCUUCAUCCUCAGGGCUCCCCAGUGCUGCCCUGUCUCCCAGAGCUGCCCUCAUCCUCCACUUUAG